ACAGGCUUCUGUUGUUGUUGCUGGCUUGUGGGUGUCGAGGCAGUGUCGCGGCGCAAUGUUGCAAGUGAAUUUCGGGUAAACAAAAUCCGUUGAUAAGACAUUCGCACGGGACUAAUUGCACGGGAGUCGCGCGACCCUCUGCCCGCUGGCAAGCCCCCGAAAGUGCAGCCUAAAGUGCGGCUCCAAGCCAGGCUUCGUGCUUCCUGCGAGUGAGCCUGUGUGCGUGCGCGAGUGCGGUCGGUGUGUAUGUGUUUUGGGCCCACAAGCGUAGCCCGGAAAAAAGAAGUUUUCUGUUACCAUAUUUUUUGCCAAGGCCCAAAGGGCGCAGCAUCUCGGCUCUCCGUCUCCGUCUCCCGCUCUCUCUCUCUCUCCUGCACGUUCGGUAACCAAAGCGACUUUUGCAACUCCAGUUGUUGUGUGUAAACAGCAGGUGAAGAAUAAAAUACGAAAGAAAGGCAAGGAAAGUGCAAAGAGCAGGCGAAAGAGGCAAGAGGAAGCAGCAACUCCGCGCAGAGCCACAAAAAGUGACGCAUAAAAAGGUUGCUAAUUACAAGAGGCAUAUCGGGAGCAGCAGAGGAUCAGAAAUGGAGAUGGAGCCGCGUGUGGCCAUCCUGCAGGACCUGCGCCUGCAGACCUUCGACUCCAUUCGAUUUGCAUCCUAUCGCACCGCCUCCAAGCUGCGCUACAUACAGAAGUCCACGAACCUCCAUUUGGUGGACAUAUGGAAUGUGAUCGAGGCGUUCCGCGAGAAUGGACUGAACACCCUAGAGCCGCAGAGCGAGGUGAGCGUGGCCAGGCUGGAAACCCUGGUCUCCUCGCUCUACCACAACCUCAACAAGCGCCUGCCCACCGCCCAGCAGGUGCCCGUGGACUCCAAGGCGGGUCUGCUGCUCAACUGGCUGCUAGCUGCCUACACAAGUGAUAAUUCUGGAAAGAUUCGCGUGUUCUCCAUCAAAGUGGCCCUGGCCACCAUGUGCUCCGGCAAACUGGUGGACAAACUAAGAUACAUUUUCUCGCAGAUCUCGGACGGCGCUGGCCAGCUGGUGGCCUGGAAGCUGAGCGAGUUCCUGCGCGAGGUGCUGGCCCUGCCGGCGGCCGUGUACGAGUCGCCCACAUUCCACUACAAGGAGGGGCUCGAGGAGGAGAUCUUCCCGGCCGAGAACAAGGUGACGGUGAACGACUUUAUGGCCACGCUGAUGUCCGAGCCGGGGCCGUCCUGCCUCGUCUGGCUGCCGCUGGUGCACCGGCUGGCCACCGUGGAGACCAUUGUGCAUCCGACUGUCUGCUCUGUUUGCCACAAGGAAAACUUCACUGGGUUUCGUUAUCGCUGUCAGCGGUGUCACGCCUACCAGUUGUGUCAGGAGUGCUUCUGGCACGGCAAGACAUCGCUGAACCACCAGAACGAUCACGAGGUCAAGGAGUACUCGAGCUACAAGUCGCCCAGCAAACAGAUCGGUCACUCGCUGCGCAAGAGCUUCCGCUGUGUGCCCGAGAAGACGGUGCAGGUGCUACCCCGCUUCCCCGACCAGCCGGAGAAGACGCUCAACCUGUCGCACAUCGUGCCGCCCUCGCCGCUGCCCUCGCACAACGGCUUCUCGGACCCCUCGGGCCUCGUACAUGGCCACCACGGCCCCGGGCAUCCGGGCAUACCGGGCCAGCAUGGCCUCUUCGAUCGCUCCAGCACGCUCGACUCGCGGGCCACAGGCCGCAGUCUGGACAGCGCCAGCGGCACUGCCGGCACCACCAUGUCCCGCGUGGCAGCCGCCUCCGCCAACGAUGAGGAGCACCGCCUGAUUGCCCGCUAUGCCGCCAGAUUGGCCCAGGAGAACCGAGCGCCCUCCAACUUGCCAGACAAUGCCACACCCAUUGGCACAGACAACUCGCGAGCCCAGCGCGAACUGAUUGCCCAACUAGAGUCCAAGAACAAGGAGAUAAUGCGGGAGAUAGCGCGCCUAAGGCGUCAGCAGGAGACGGAGCAGAUGGCCCCGGAGAAUCCGGCGCUGAUCAACGAACUGCGCGCCUUGCGGCAGCGGAAGGGAGAGCUGGAGGGUCACCUUGGUGCCCUGCAGGAUUCGCGACGACAGCUAAUGGAACAGCUGGAGGGACUGAUGCGUAUGCUUAAGAACCAACAAACCGCUUCGCCCCGCUCCACGCCAAACUCGAGUCCUCGCUCUGGGAAAUCUCCACCAAUGCCCGGAGGAGCUGGCAUCCUGGGCACCUCACCCAUGAGUGCCCUGCACGCCCAGCAGAUGCAGCAGCAUCCAAUGGCCGGAGGAGGAGGCGGAGGCAGGCCCACCCAGCAGCAACUCCUCCAGCAGCAGCAACAACAACAGCAGCAGCAGGCACAUGGCCAUGGUCCAUUCAGCCAGAGCCAGCUGGAUCAGCUCAACCAGAUCAGCAGCGACAUGCGCAGCGCCUUCGCCGCCAACGGAAGUGCAACGCCACCGCCAAUGCGCACCACCACUGCCACUGCCCAUGUCAGUGCCAUUCCCAGCCUCAAUCCGAUUCCGCUCCAGAAUCCGAUACCGAAUCCCGACGCGGAGCUCAAUGAGGCCGCCGAUCACCUAACGUCGGCCAUUUCCCACAUGGUCAGCGACCUGAACGCAGGACGGGGAAGGGCCAAUCUGGGGGCCCAGGCGACGGGCAGCAGCUCCCUGCCGCAGGCUCGCUUCAUCAUGCCACUGGAAUUCCGACACAUCGAGGGCGGCGAGUCGGAGGACUCGAGUCAGUGCGAGUGCAACGACUGCGAGUGCGGGGAGUACGAGGAGGUGUUCCGCACCGACGAGGAUCUCGAGUGCGAGGGAGCAGCAGCUCCCUUCGGGGACCCAUAUACCCCGUAUCUCAGCACUAACAUUCCCGAGGAGGACCACUUCGAUUACACGUUCGGGCAGGGCGAGGAGCUGUCGCAGGUGAACCGCAUCCUGGGCUACCGCAACCACCCGGAGUUGUUCAUCGACGACGAGCAGGCCGGCUUCCCGGCGCUGCACGAGAUCGAUUUCGACGAAUCUCAAUCGUAUAACCAAGAGUGGAACGAAAAGGCAAAUGCGAAUAGCCAAUGGCAGGAGCAGUUUGCACAAUGGAGUCUUAAUUCGCAAAAGAACUAAGGACCGCCAGCAGUGGACCAGUGGAAGCAGCAGGACUGGGAAUCUCCGGAGGCAGCUGGACAGUCGGAUGAGGACGAACUCUCGCUUAGCUUUUUACCCUACCUUAACUCAUACGUUGACUUAGAGCAAUUUAUUUAUUGAUUACUUUACGGAGCCGUAGCCUACACCACCCUAAUCAUUAUAAUUUAUACCUUGAAGUUUGGUAUCUGCGUAAAUGUAAACAUAUAUACGAUUAUUUUAUCGAAGCAAAGCAUAUGAAUAUAGCUGAUAAACAAGACUUGCAGUUGCACUGCUCUUCGAAGUCGCAAAUCCAUUGAAUCUCGUUGAAACUUUUACGAUCGUACGUAUUGCUAAGGGGCAAUAGGAGGUAUGGCGUUUUAAUUUUAGGUUUCCACGAUUUCGUAAUUGGCUUUUAGAUUUUGUAAGCGCCCGCGGCAGCGGUUAUUUAUUACCAUGAAACUUAACAAAUUGAAAAUCAAAUCACGUAAUGCGUAAUACAAAUACGAUAUAGACAUUUACAUAUUAUGUACUUAAUAACUAGCAACUUGUUGAGAACCUAAAAUCAAAUUCUAAAUGCUAAACAUUAUACACACAUUAAACACCUUGAGAUACGGUAAAGCCAACAACUAUUUGAGCCACAACAAAACCCAAUGUUAAACACUAAAAACGAAAGGAAAACAAAACACGAUUUAUAUAUUAUCCAUUUAUAAUAUGCAUUCAUACAAGAAAAGUUAUACCAUAUAAUCGUAACGGCAUAGUGCACGAGAUAGAGAAAAUCCGACAUUUAUAGAACUUAUACAUAACUACUGAAUAAUACUACAAAAGAGAAAGCUAAAUAAAAAGGCAUUUUAAACAAUCACA